AUGGCUGGUGAACGUGUUGAUUCAAAAGCGGCAAGUUCAUGGAAAAAUGCCUCUGCUGCAAACCAAGCCAAAUUUCACUUGUUGGAAUUGCCUGAAGAUUUCAAACCAACGAAAGAAGAGGAAGCACUCGUCAACAUGUAUCAGACCAUUCGGCAGUUUGAACGACAGGCAGCAAGACUCAAGGAGCAAAAGGCAAGAGAAAAGCUUGCAGCGAAAGAAACUGAAUUCAAACAGAGUCAAGCUAGUAAACAAAAGAAACGACGGAGGAAGAGAGAGAAUGUGCCAGCAGCAAGCGGUGAUGACGUUAGCGAUGGCAGUUCCGCUGAAGAAGACUACAGUUCUGACGAAGAGCAAGACGAGCAGACGCUGCAUGAUCGACGAACUGCAAAACUUGAUGCUUUACGUGAUGAGGUCGACGAGGCAAAGAAGGCCAUGGUUGCAGACGCAGUCAAGCAGGAAACGCUACGAAAGAGCCACUUGGAGACAAAAGAGACAGACAUAUCUACGGGGCCAUCGUUGAAACGCAAGAAACUAGAAGAUACCACUUCCGAAGGCGGAUUGCUCAGUAACAUGAAAAUCGACACACCUCCUCACGAAUUCUCAGAGAGGCUCAAUAUCAAGCCAUGGAAAGGAAAAACUCUGUUCCCGGCCACUCCAGACGAGACGCAGUGGACGCCUCCGGAAGGAGUUGGGAGUCCAAACGUUGGAGCCUUUUUGGUGGAAUUGCCGGAGUUCGAUAUUACAAAAGCUCAGAAUGGAACCGGUAAUAAUACGAUUGUGAUCAAGUUUCAUGCUCCGAAUGAUUCCAAGCGCUUCAGUAUCAAUAUUGCAGGUCCAGGUCACGACGAUUUCAACAGUGUACUAUUUCACUUUAAUCCUCGGCAGUUUGAAAGAGGCGGGCAAUUGGUUGUGAACGACAAGCAGGAGGGUAUUUGGGGACAGUCGAUCGCCCUUCCCUUGUCUCAGGUUCCAUUAAUAUUCGGACAAGAAGCCAUUACGCUGCAAAUUCAGAUCAAUGGUGAUGGGUUUGACGUCUUCAUGCAAGACAAGCACUGUGUUCGGCUUGAGCAUAGGAAGGAGCUUCCCUCCAAACCGUGUUCGCUGUUUUUGCAAUUUCCGUCAUGCGAUGACUAUGGAAGUCCGGAGAAUUGGAUGGUCUAUCGAGCAUGGUGGGGUAACCAACCAGUUAUGGCCAAGGGAGAUUUGUCAGACGUUGCCGGUGUCAACAGCUUCAAUGCUGUCCAUCCGCGAAAAUUAUUCGUCAGUGGACUAUCAAAGAUCUCGACUCAAACAGAAGUGGACAUUCGUCGGGCAGAAUUGGAGCGAGCAUUCCGAAAGUAUGGUGGUGCACGCGGAGUCACUUGUAUCGUUCCAACCAACACAACAUUUGCUUUUGUUGAGAUGGAAAGUGAUCGAAUGGCAGAUUUGGCAUUGAGCGAAAUGUCAAGCAAGUACCGAUUGAAUCGUGCCCGACGAUCUCGACACGAGGCACUUCAAGAGGAGCGAGCAGCGAAAGAAGCAGGAGGAAAGUCCGAAGACAAGGCUUGGUAA